AAGCCCGAGAGCUGCAACUUGACUAUAUCUCUCUCUCAGUAGGGUUGCAGCAGAUAAACGCCACCAUCUCCGUUCUACUUUCUCAAUUCAGUCUCACUCUCUAGAACCUUCGCUGUUCAACAAUGGGUGCUUCGCUUCCUCCUAAAGAGGCCAACCUCUUCAAACUCAUCGUUAAAUCGUAUGAGACAAAGCAGUAUAAGAAAGGUCUGAAAGCUGCUGACACUGUUCUCAAGAAAUUUCCUGACCAUGGAGAAACUCUAGCAAUGAAAGGAUUAACGCUGAAUUGCAUGGACCGCAAAUCCGAAGCAUAUGAACUUGUCCGGCUUGGAUUGAAGAAUGACCUUAAGAGUCAUGUUUGUUGGCAUGUUUAUGGUCUACUCUACCGGUCUGAUAGAGAGUACCGUGAAGCAAUUAAGUGCUACCGCAAUGCCCUUAGAAUUGAUCCGGACAACAUUGAGAUAUUACGUGACCUAUCUCUUUUACAGGCACAAAUGCGUGACUUGUCAGGUUUUGUUGAAACGAGACAGCAACUACUCACUUUGAAACCAAAUCAUCGCAUGAAUUGGAUUGGCUUUGCUGUUUCUCAUCAUUUAAACUCCAAUGGAUCAAAAGCUGUUGAUAUCCUUGAGGCAUAUGAAGGGACUCUUGAAGAUGAUUAUCCUCCAGAAAAUGAACGUUGUGAACAUGGGGAGAUGCUUCUAUACAAGAUCUCUCUGUUGGAGGAAUAUGGUUUUCUUGAGAGGGCCCUUGAAGAGUUGCACAAGAAAGAGUCUAAGAUUGUUGACAAAUUGGGCUACAAGGAGCAAGAGGUUUCACUUCUUUUGAAGCUUGGCCGCUUUGAAGAAGGUGAAAGAUUAUUCAGAGUGCUGCUCUCAAUGAAUCCUGACAAUUACAGAUACUACGAGGGGUUACAAAGAUGUCUGGGACUGCAUUCUGAAAAAGGGCAGUAUAGUUCUGAUGAAAUUGAUAAGUUAGAAUCUUUGUACAAGUCACUUGCCCAGCAAUAUAGUAGAUCAUCUGCCGUAAAGAGAAUUCCACUUGAUUUUCUCAGAGAUGACAAGUUUCGGGAGGCAGCAGCGAAUUAUAUUCGACCUCUUGUAGCAAAGGGUGUUCCUUCGUUGUUUUCUGAUCUUUAUCCAUUGUACAAUCACCCUGGCAAGGCCAGUAUUCUAGGUGAAUUGGUUCUGAGGUUGGAGCAGUCAAUUAAGUCUACUGGUGGAUAUCCCGAGAGCGAGGGAAAAGAGCCUCCUUCAACACUUAUGUGGAUAUUAUUUUAUUUGGCUCAGCAUUAUGAUAGAUGUGGACAGUAUGACAUUGCUCUUAUAAAAAUUGACGAGGCAAUAGAACACACUCCUACUGUUAUAGAUUUAUACUCUGUAAAGAGCCGCAUAGUAAAACAUAGUGGUGACUUGGCUGCUGCUGCAGCAUUGGCUGAUGAAGCCAGGUGUAUGGAUCUUGCGGAUCGCUAUAUUAACAGUGAAUGCGUUAAGCGUAUGCUUCAGGCCGACCAGGUAGCAUUGGCUGAAAAGACGGCUUUAUUAUUCACAAAAGAUGGGGAUCAACACAACAACCUUUACGAUAUGCAGUGCAUGUGGUAUGAACUGGCAUCUGGGGAAAGUUAUCUGCGCCAAGGCGAGCUUGGACGGGCCUUAAAGAAAUUUCUGGCAGUGGAAAAGCAUUAUGCAGAUAUCACAGAGGACCAAUUUGAUUUUCAUUCUUAUUGCUUAAGGAAAAUGACACUACGCAUGUAUGUGGAAAUGCUGAAACUUCAAGAUCGGCUCCAUUCACAUGCUUAUUUUCGCAAAGCAGCAAGUGGUGCUAUCAGAUGUUACCUGAGGCUGUAUGAUUGUCCUCCAAAGUCAGCAGCUGAAGAAGAUGACGAGAUGUCUAAGUUGCCUGCCUCUCAAAAGAAGAAAUUAAGGCAAAAAUUGAGGAAAGCGGAGGCCCGAGCUAAGAAAGAUGCAGAAGUUAAAAAUGAGGAAUCAAGUUCCACUAGCUUUGCAAAAUCGGGGAAGCGCCAGUUGAAGCCUGUAGAUCCUGAUCCACAUGGUGAAAAAUUGGCUCAGAUUGAAGAUCCUCUGGCCAAGGCUACGAAGUACCUGAAGCUGCUCCUUACGCACUCGUCUGAUUGCCUGGAGACACAUUUACUGUCCUUUGAAGUAAACAUGAGGAAACAUAAAAUCUUGCUUGCCUUGCAGGCUGUAAAGCAUCUGGUGAGGUUGGAUGCAGAUAAUCCAAAAUCUCAUCUCUGCUUGAUAAAAUUCUUCCAUAAAGUAGGAGCAUUGCCUACUCCAGUAACUGACGCUGAAAAACUUGUGUGCCGUGUCUUAGAAGUCGAGCGACCUACCUUUAGUCAGUUGCACGAGAAAUCUCUAAUUGAUGCAAACAAUAUUUUCCUUGAAAAGCAUCGAGAAUCAUUGAUGCACAGGGCUGCAGUGGCUGAGUUGAUGUAUGUUCUGGAACCAAACAAGAAGGCUGAGGCUGUCAAGUUAAUUGAAGACUCGGUUAAUGAUCUUGUUUCUUUAGAUGGAGACCGAGGAGCUGAUAGUACAUGGAAACUGAAAGACUGCAUUUCACUUCACAAACUCCUGGAGACAACCUUUAAUGACCAUGAUGCUGCAUUGA